AUGGAAGGAAUGAACAAACCAACUGCCAAGUGCGGUUUGGCACAUUUCUUCGGUUUUGGUAUCCAGCUAUUGUCUCUCAUUCAUACCACAUUCGUCCCACCAAGAUCACAUUUUAAAUUUCUCAACUGCGGUCGUUGUAUUUAUAACAACCGUCCCCAACCCUCUCACAUAAACACUCAUUCUAUUGCCAUCAGCUCUAUUCCCAAAGCCAUGCCUUCACUCCCACCCCAUAUCCUUCGAGAUCUGUCUCCCUCUGUCCCCUCUUCCCUCAAAUCGCGCGUAGAUCUCACAUCUUUCGAUUUCCCUUCCUCUACUGAUGUAAAAGCCACGCAAAAGGAAAUCGACGAUUAUGACAAAAUGUUCGAAGCUUUACCGGAAGAUAGCAAGAAGAAGCUUGAUAAACUACAGAAGAAAUAUGGAUUAACAAGGGAUCAAUUGAUCUUGGCUGGGUUGAAGAAGUGGGCGCCGGGGUAUGUGGGGACGUUUAAGAUGGCGAUGUUUUUUGGGAUUGUGUAG